AUUCCUGCGUUGUUUGGGGACAGUAGGAAGAUGGCGGCGGCCCCGCUAUACUGUGUCUGCCGGCAGCCCUACGAUGUGAGCAGGUUUAUGAUCGAGUGCGACAUCUGUAAAGACUGGUUCCACGGCAGCUGUGUGCAGGUAGAAGAGCAUCAUGCUGUGGAUAUUGACGUUUACCACUGUCCCAACUGUGAUGUUGUACACGGACCCUCCCUGAUGAAAAAGCGCAACAACUGGCACAGGCACGACUACACAGAGCCAGAUGAUGGAUCGAGGCCGGUGCAGGCUGGCACGCCAGUGUUUAUCAAGGAGCUACAGAACAGGAGCUUUGCCAGUGCUGAGGAGAUUCUGAUCCGGAUGAAGGGUGAGCAGGUGACGACCAGGUACCUGGAGAGACAUGGCUUCAACUACCCUAUAGUGGUCACUGACAUGGAGGGCCUGGGGCUCAAACUUCCACCCCCUACUUUCUCUGUGAAAGAUGUGGAGCAGUAUGUGGGCGGUGACAAAGUCAUUGAUGUGAUAGAUGUGGCCCGGCAGGCAGACAGCAAGAUGAAGCUCAGCGAGUUUAUCAAGUAUUUCACCAAGUUGCAUCGACCCAAGGUCCUCAACCUCAUCAGCCUGGAGUUCUCUGACACUAAGAUGUCAGAGUUGGUGGAGGUUCCUGUCGUGGCUCGGAAAAUGUCCUGGGUAGAGAACUACUGGCCAGAUGACUCCUAUUUCCCCAAACCCUUUGUCCAGAAGUACUGCCUUAUGGGGGUCAAGGACAGCUACACAGACUUCCACAUAGACUUUGGAGGCACCUCUGUCUGGUACCAUGUUCUCUGGGGUGAAAAGAUCUUCUACUUGAUCGAGCCAACUCCUGCUAACCUUGCGCUAUAUGAGGCAUGGAGCUCCUCACCCAAUCAGAGUGAAGUGUUCUUUGGGAACAAAGUGGAAAAGUGCUACAAGUGUGUUGUACCCCAGGGGACCACCCUGCUCGUCCCUACAGGCUGGAUCCAUGCUGUUCUCACCUCUCAGGAUUGCAUGGCAUUUGGAGGGAACUUCCUUCACAACCUCAAUAUUGACAUGCAGCUCAGGUGUUAUGAAAUGGAGCGUCGUCUGAAAACCCCAGACCUCUUUAAAUUCCCAUACUUUGAGGCCAUCUCUUGGUAUGUGGCAAAGAACCUCCUGGAAAUGCUUAAAGAGCUACGUGAGGACAGCUGUCCGCCACCAGCCUACAUAGUGGAGGGAGUCAAGGCUUUAAUCAGUGCACUGAAGACCUGGUUGAAAAGAGAGGUGAGUGAGCCCACCAGUGAGGUCCCAGACAAUAUCAGGCCUAACCAUCUCAUCAAAGAGCUGACCAAGGAAAUCCGCUAUCUGGAGGAGGAACCAGUCAGUGGCAGUAAGCCAGUGAAAUCUCAGGGAAGUGGGUGCGGAGUAGGUUCUGGAUCAAAUGGCACUCGUGCCACACUGGAGAGGCUGUGCCAGGCUCGGCGGGCACGAAGAGCUGCCAGGCGACUUAGGGAGCAGCAGAGACAUGCUCCUAGGGUGCCCUCUAACCUGGACAUCUUAGAGCAGCACACCAGGGAGGUGCUGAAGCGGCUGGAGGUGGGACCGCUUGAGGAGGAUCCGGUGUUCUGUGCCAAGGUUCACGGGAAAUUCAACAAAGUGUCAACUGCAUCAGCAGCUGCUGCUGCAGAGUCUUUAGAGGACAACCACCUACGGCUAAUGCUGGUCAACGGCCGAAUAAUCAGAGAUCUGAGACGGCCAGGCAGCAGCCCAGUCAAGAUGGAGGAUGAGCAUUCGUCUGUUUGCCACGGUCCACCAAAGAGCUGUGUGGGUGUGAAGUUGGAGAGGACACAGGACGGUCAAGAGCAGCACAGCACAGUCAAGAAGUCCACACUCCUCAAGGGUCUGGAGAGGGUGAAGACUGAACUCAGGGAAGAUGUCUCAGGACACUCCAGUGUGUCAGACAUUGAGUCAGACAGUGACUCUCCCACAGAGCGUAAAGUAUCAUCAUCAUCGUCAUCAUCAUCCUCCUCUUCUGACGAGGAUUCAGAGAGUUCCCUGGAGGAGGAGGAACAGAAAGGCUCAGGGCACACCAUAGAGCUGGACCAGUGUGGCCAGAAACUCAGGCACAAAUACAAACCACUCAAACGAGACCGUCCUACCUCACCCAGCACAGAAGAGGCCAUUCAGGGGAUGCUGUCUAUGGCUGGUCUGCUGUGCUCCUCCAAGCCAGAGAAGGUAGCCUCAUCCCAGGAGCCCUGGUGGUCAAGCUCGAGCCAGUGUUCACCGCUGAAACAGAGGGAGGCGGUGCAGUGCCGGCUGCAGGGGGACAAGAGCCUGAUGGACAGCCAAGGCAACAGCAGCAGUGAGGCCUGGGACAAUCAGGGGCUCCCCAGCCCUCUCAGCCGAAGCCACGCCACCGGUCUAGAGACAGACUACCAGUACUGUGACCCCUCCAUGUCUCCACCACUGCACCCCUCCAAGAGGCAUGCCCCCAACCCCCCACCAAUCAGCAAUCAGGCCACAAAAGGCAAGCGGCCCAAAAAAGGAAUGGCCACAGCCAAGCAGAGACUGGGGAAGAUCCUGAAACUCAACAGACACAGUCACGUCUUUGUGUAACACUCCAAAAACAUCGGAGGCAAAACUAGAACUUGGAUGUAUUCUUGAAGGGGGGAAAAAAAGAAACAUCUGUGUAUUUGUUACCAGACACUUGUGUGCUCCAGGAAAUGGGGGGUGGGGGGGGAGGGGGCUGCCUGGAGACAAUAAACAAAUCCUGACACACAAAACACGCACUGUGCAUGCUGAGGAGACAGGGUAUUGGACUACAAUAAGUGCACGACUUCACUACAAGCACACUAAGAACAAAACAAAGAAGGCACUUCCAGAAGAGGAGCAUGUGUUCUGCUGCAGGGAGAGGCGUUCAGACCGACAGAAGAUAUGUCCGAGGGCUACCAAACCAACAUGACCGCUUGCUUUGCCAGGGAGACAGCAAGAUAGCUAUUGACUCUGAUGCCGGCAUAAUCUGCAUCACAUUGGCUCCCCCCCCCCCCAACACACACACACACACACACACACACACACACACACACAAAACCUUGACUUGGCUUCUGUCUGCGAACAGCAUGGAGGAGCAGGUGAAAUACAGUUGUUUCUCCAACAGGGUCUUUUUUUCCCCCCCAGUGGCCCUGAGAAAAAGCGAGGCGCUAAAGAGGAGGCGGUGACCUGAAAUUUCGAAAUGGUGCUUAUUGUUUGUAUUUUUCUCCACUCAUGCUUGUCUCUUCCGGUCCUCACCUCCCCCCUCCUUAUAUCAAUCACACCAGCAAUAAUGACUUUGAGGAGAGAGGAAAGAGAGAGGCAGUACUUUGGUGGAUUCACCCUUUUUUGUUUCUUUUAUCAAGUUGGCAUUAUUCUGUUUGUAGAAAAGUCUAAAUAGGUGCAUUAGACUUUCACAAUUUAGUGAAAAAUGCACUCUCGACUGUGUGAUCAUUAAAGGGGAGAUGGUCUUUCUGAGCAUUUUCCGAUAAAAGGAAGUUGCUCAAAGUGCUGCCUCUCACUGCCUUUGUUUUAAAUAGGAAUUUUGAGUCAUUCACUCAUUUCUAAAAUUGAAAAUGACUCAUGAUACCCUGCUUAAUUUAUUUCUUGUUUCAUCUGUGAUGUUUUUAAUGUUAUUUUUAUGGAGUCUGAAUGAUGUAUUUAUUAAUUGAAAGAGAUAAUGAUUUUAUUAUAUUUUGACCCUAAAAGCUCAGCUAUUCUGAGGACUUUUUCCUUAAUAGGGUUGUUUUUAUUUUUUAAUCUUUACCACAAACUUUUUGUAUAUGUGGAUGUUUUAGAAUUCAUGCGACCAUAAUCUUAUGAGUAGCAAUUUACCUACAGAUCUCAACCUUCUGUUCUGUCACAGCUCUUUUCCAGUUGAAUAGAUCCUGUGUUGAUCCUUGUAUAUUCUAGUUUCCUUCUCUCCCUGUAGCCAGAGGUGCUGGUCUUGCGUGCAAAUUAGAGACUAGGUUAGGUUGAGAAAUGUCAGCUUCCAUAUUUACACCUGAGCUUGUUCAACUUGUGCCACUUACCAUUUAGCAUGGAAGAAAAAAACCCAAGUAUUCUGAGCCACUGUGGUCGAUCCAAAGUCAAUGUAUUCAGAAGUGCACGUUUGAGCAACUUCAGUGACUUUUUUUUUUAAUGAUACCAGCACUGAUGUUUUGCUUGGGGUGUGCAGCUCUUCACUCUCAGGGAAUGAUGCCAUGGACAUAACCUUUGAUUAAGCACCAGCCACAUCAUGGAUGCAGAUGAGAUGUUCUGAGCACUCACUCAGGACUUUCAGCUUUGCAUCCUGCUUUGAAGAUGCUGAGGUUUGUUUGUUUUCCGUUCCUGGUCAUAGUUUUCAAGCUGUAAGGAUAAUGUGUGCUUUUACCAGUCAGUCAUUGUACCUUCACAGUACACUACAAACUUUAUGUUGACAGAUGUAAAAGUAUUGUCCCCUACUGCUUCCUAAAGUGGUGUUCAGACUGAAUUUCACAAGGUGUGACAACCCCAUUCAUUUCUAUGGGGGACUGAAUUCAAUUCAGCGGACGCCUGAUUACUUAGCCCUGUGCACCUAAAAGGUUGGAUCAAAGUCAUCUUUUUCGGCAAUGCAAUGUACUGUCAUACAGUGGGGCACUGCGUUGACCAAUCACAUAAUGGGGGAUCAUCAGAAUGUAGACAUGCACUGUGUUACAAUGAGCAUUGUGGCAUGCUGCUGUUUUCCCGACAGGUGCGAACAUGAAAGAUAAGCUCCUCAACGCUGUUAAGGCCAUUCACACCAUUGCUGUAACAUGCGCGCCUACAUCGCAGCCCCCCAACAACACAGCCCCUUGCAUUAACAUUACAGGGGGUUGCGUUUCAGUGCGCUCAGUCUGAACACACCCUAACGCUUGGACCUCAGUAUUACACAGAAAACGUGUCAACUGUAAAGGACACUUCACCCAUGUAAAUGACAGCCAGGCUAACUGUUGCCAAGUAGCUUUAAAAUACUCUUUGAACAGCACGAGACUUUGAAAGUUUCGCUCAGGGUGACUGGUGGUGGAUAUGACCGAUCCAUAUGUGAUCAGUCAGCCCUGAUGAGGUGUGUCACCUAAUCUUAACACAAAGAACCAACUUACAAAAUUAGCGUGAAUCACAUUGCCAGACUGAUUUUCUCAUCUUUUCCUUAAACUACACUUUAACCUUUGAACUCUUUGCAUGUCAAGUCAUGGGAGCUGGCCCGCAGGCAGGGUUUCUUAUGAGCUGUUAUUCAUCGUACAGGAUCUGUCCCCUUUUGCUUUUAUAUUCAGCUCUCUUGGCAUUUGUUAUGUGCAUUGUUUCUUGUGAUGGUUUUUCCAGAUUUAAAUGGUUUAUGAUUUAAAAUAUACAGACACUGGCUAACUGUGACACUGUUAAUGCAUCGCAUUUUGUUUCUGCAUUUCAAAAACUGCUUGUAAAUAAAACUGAGAACAUACUUUUGUUAGUCAAGCCUCAUCCAACUGC